AUUGGGAAGUGGAUACAAGACCCUUUAUGAAGCCUUAGCAACAAUUCAAACAAAAUGCGCAUAUUCAGAACCGGUUCACGACACCCCCCAACUUUCGGAACCAGAACCAGAACCAGACCACUGUGGUUCGGUUCCUGGUUCGAACCGGUUCUCUGAGAACUUCGGCACCCCAGUGGAAAACCAGCCGCAAUCGGACUGAACGACCCCCCUGAUGAACUCUGCCUCGGAUUUUUCCGGCUUGUUCCUGCAAUCAAGGAUUUCGAGCAAAGGACGAUGAUAUCGCCAUUCCAUGUAGGAACCCUCUUGCUUUUCAUAGCGCUUGUUUUCCUCGUCGUCGCCUCCGCUUCUGCGCCUGGAUUGCAUACGUUGGGAUUCAUGAAAAUCUCUGACUCUUCUGGUACCCUUGUGUUUGGUACUUUUGGGUUUUGCGUAACAGGAUCGCGGGACCCCUGGUACAAUGGGUGUUCUAAAAGUAGCGUCAGCUACGAUAUUGGGGGCACUGUUGCGGUCUAUUACACUGACUGGGAGGAUUGGGAAUACAUCUCCAGCCUUUCCUCCACAUCUCUAAGGAUCCUAACAGGCUUUCUCAUCCUGAAUCCUAUUGCUGCGGGACUAACUUUGGUGGCUUUUCUCGUUGCCCUCGCGGGAAAACGCACCAGUUUCCUCAGCUCCAGCAUGAUAGCAUUGGCGGCAUGCAUUGCGACGCUCUUGGCAGUCACUUUUGAUUUCGUAACGUUCGGAAUCUUCCGGUACCUCGUGAACGGCUUCGUCGUCGGGCCGCAGGCGGAAUGGUCAUCGGCUACAUGGCUUGCUCUUGCCGCAUCAGUACUGUUGAUUCUUGCCACGAGCAUCCUCUUCCAAGGCUGGCGAUCGGAACGUCGCAAGCAGUAUAGCAUCUACGUAGUGCCAGCUCAAGAGGCAACUUUUAGAGCGGAUACUCUCCGGGAGGCAGACAGGAGCAAAGCGGCCGUAGAAGAAGGGACAGCCUGAACGAAGUAGUGCUUAUAUAUCCUCCAUGUUGUUCUGUAUGAUGUGAGUCUCAUACUAAUUUUUGCUUCGUUUACGUAUGCAAGGUUGUGUGUUGAUAGGAUGAAUCAGUUUAGUAUGGCGGUCUGGAUCCAUGGUCGAGUUGACGGUCACACCCUCACACCAUAUUGCUAUAUAUGUUGUCGCCGUUUAUAAUUUCUGGUAAUUUAAUUGUGCGAUCCAGGUCCUGUGUAAGUGGUUUUG